CUUGCAUUAAAACAAUAUUUACAGAAGCUUUCAUUUUCAUGAAAAAUAUCUCCAUUGAUCUCCAAUGGCAGCUUUCAUAAAUUCUCUUAAAUUCAUGUUUUUAUUAUUCAUCUCUCUACUCUUCAACAAAUCCAACUCUUAUCCAGGCUCGUCCUUUUCCAUUAUUGACCCUUCCAAAGUCAAACAAGUCUCAUGGAAGCCAAGGGCGUUUGUGUACGAAGGUUUUCUUACGGAUUUAGAAUGCGAUCACCUGAUCUCUUUGGCGAAAUCGGAGCUGAAGAGAUCUGCAGUAGCGGAUAAUGACAGUGGAAAGAGUAAGCUUAGCGAAGUUAGAACUAGCUCUGGAAUGUUUAUUCCUAAAGGAAAGGAUCCUAUUGUUGCAGGUAUAGAAGACAAACUCGCAACAUGGACCUUUCUUCCAAAAGAAAAUGGAGAAGACCUUCAAGUUUUGAGAUAUGAACAUGGCCAGAAAUAUGAUCCCCACUAUGAUUACUUUGCUGACAAGGUUAAUAUUGCCCGGGGUGGCCAUCGGUUGGCAACUGUCCUCUUGUAUCUUACUGAUGUGGUAAAAGGUGGUGAAACAGUAUUCCCGAAUGCAGAGGAAGCUCCACGGCGUAAAGCUACUGAAAGCCACGAAGAGUUGUCUGAAUGUGCAAAAAAAGGAAUUGCAGUGAAACCACGGAGAGGCGAUGCCCUUCUUUUCUUCAGCCUCCAUCCGACAGCCAUUCCAGAUCCACAGUCUCUUCAUGCUGGAUGCCCAGUGAUUGAAGGGGAGAAAUGGUCUGCCACGAAGUGGAUUCACGUGGAUUCAUUUGAUAAGUCCGUUGAAGUCGGUGGGAACUGCACCGAUAAGAACGAGAGCUGCGAUAGGUGGGCUGCCCUCGGGGAAUGCACCAAGAACCCAGAGUACAUGGUAGGAUCUCCAGAACUUCCUGGCUAUUGUAGGAGAAGCUGCAAGGUAUGCUAAUAAAUAAGCAUACUACUACACGAUUUCCACGUCGAGAGUCCUUCUAGGUUUAUGUUUCACUUUGCAUUAUAGUGCUGAUAUUUUUUCGUGUGUUGCCCUUAUUUCAGUUUGUUCUUAGAUUUGCAAAUAUUGUAAACAAUUCUGAAAUUUGUAUGUUAAUGUUAUAUUACCACCAAUAUGUUUUGCUA